AUGAACGAAUCAAUCUCCCACCGAGGACGUGAGCUGAUUCGUGCUCUCGAUUUACCGUGGCGAUGGGCUCCAAGAGGGACCUAUUCACCUGACGAGAACCCAGACGGGCUAGUAACCUUUGCUACUGCUGAGAAUCCUCUCGUUCACCAGGAACUGGAGGACUUUAAUCGUGACAGGGUUUCAAUACCCCAAGCUGCAUUCACCUACAAGUACAGUACGGCUGGCGGAGUGGAACUGCCCGUGCUUCUAGCCCAGCAUCUAAAUGAGCAUUUUAAGCCUUCUCGACCGUUAGAUGGCAGCGAAAUCCGAAUCACUGGCGCGGCAACUGCCAUGCACGAAAUCUUAGGCUGGGCUGUAGGAGAUCCCGGCGAUGCUAUCAUGACUUCCAAGCCCGUCUAUGGCCGGCUGGAACUCGAUUUCGGAAACAAAGCUGGUCUGAAAAUGGUUUACGCCGACAUGACCUGGCAGGAUGCCUUUGAUCCGGGAGUUGUCGAUGCCUUUGAGAAAACAUUGGCUGCCUCUCGCGUCGGUGGAGUAAACAUACGAGCCCUUCUCAUCGUCAAUCCCAACAAUCCAGUCGGACGUUGCUACCCAAGGCAAACGCUUACGGAGAUUAUGAAGUUUUGUCAAAGGCACCAAAUCCAUUUGAUCAGCGACGAAGUCUAUGCAUCAUCAGUGUUCAGGGACGAACUUCCACCCUUCACUUCUGUGUUAUCGAUCGCGCCGGGAAUCAUUGAUGAUCAACUACUGCAUGUGACCUACGGCUUUAGCAAAGACCUUGGGGCGGCUGGAUUGCGUAUCGGUUGUGUUGUCACGCGAAAUCCUUUCAUAUUAAAGGUAGUCCAGAUGACAACUCGCUUUCACAACCCUUCGGGUGCUUCUGUAGCCAUUGUGAGCGCAAUGUUGGAAGACCGAGACUGGUACAACGCAUUCCUGGCUAGCUCUCGGUUCAAGAUAGCAGUGGCCUACGAAUUUAUGACAACAGGGUUACUGAACCUGGGUAUAGACUUUGUGCCGGCUAAUGCUGGUUUCUUUGUAUAUGUUGACUUGUCUCCAUACCUGGUUCAAGGUACCGUAGACCCUGAGUUUGACCUCUCCCAGAGACUUUUGGACGGGGGCGUCUUCUUACAUCCGAAGGAGGAGCACGGUGAGGUGGGUUGGUAUAGAAUGGUCUAUACUCAGGAGCCAAGGAUUGUGGCUGAAGGAUUACGACGGUAG